GUUGAAGUUACUCCCUGGGACUUAGAGUUGGUGCACCGGCUCCCUCCGAAAGGCCAGUGCCUCCUGCGCAUCGUCAUCUAUGGUGAUGGCCUGACGGGUGAGGAUGACCCCGUCUAUGCACAUCGAUUUGCAGCUGAGCUCGACUGCGAGGGCUUGUCAACAGAAGUUGUAACUUGUGGCCUCGUGGGCAUCACUGCACAUCAUCUAGCUGCCGGACGGGAUGACAAAGCGCUGCGCGACAUUCAGAAGCGCGCAGGGCCCGGCUUGGGGUCCCUUCUGCGACCGGAGAAGGGCUCCCCUUCUGUGGGCCUGGUCAUCCUUACUGCAGGCAUCAAUGACAUUCUCCGUUUUAACAGAGAGUACAAUAAGAGGGAGCCCCACCAGAUCGUGGAGGCGCUCCAGACCUUGCAUCAACUGUGCAACAGUUUGGGUGUCCCAACUGUAGCUGUUGGGAUGCCGGAUGUCGGAGCGACAUCCUCCAAGUUUAUUGGCGGUGCCCGGAAGCAGGUCAACAGCUUGUUGGCAAAGUGGGUCGAGGAAUCCCCACCUGGCAGCCCACGGCUUUUUGUCAAUCCGGCAGCUUUGCUUCCCCACGGGCCACGUGCCAAACGCCAUGGCCUUUGGCGAGAUGAGCUCCAUGUGUCUACAAAAGGCAGCGAGCUCCUGGGACUCCGCUUGGCACAACAAGUCAUGCCUCUGGUGAAGGAGCUACACUCCCACUCGAUUCUGGAUGCCGCAGAUCCAAGCUCGCUGCCCUUAAGCGUAUACAUGGAGGCGGUGGAAGUCCAUGAGCGGAGCCACUUGAUGGAGAACGCAGCUUCCAACUUCAUGCCAGUCCUGCGGAAAUGGCAGGACUGCGGACCAGCAGAAGUGUGA